AUGGAAAAUCAGGGGCGGUACAACGUCGAGCGAUCAUGCUUGCGCUGCCAUGAGCGGAAAAUCCGAUGCGACAAAAAGUCACCAUGUGGCCGAUGUGUGCGCCAAAAUGUGGCAUGCCAAUAUCCCGGCCCAAGUCGAGUAAAGCGCCAACCUCCGAAGAAGAGUACGACCGAUAUGGCGGCUCGACUAGAGCAACUUGAGCGAUCUAUCGCGGCGCUGGUUCGUGAACAGCCGAGCCAGGCUAACACCUUGCCUACAUCCCAACAUCCAUCUGAUAACAGCCACAAUACAAAAUACAUCGGCGCGUUAGCGACUCCCAGUACCGGGUCUCCAGCUACCUCCACGGGAAGACCAGAGUUUCAAGGGUUUCCGGAUUUCUUAGGCAAAGACGGCCGAUACAUCAAUGAGCCUCUGCUCACACGGGUUCUUGAGAAGGAACAGGAACUUCGCUCAGCCAUUGGCUCGCCGAGUGAUACAAGUAGUCCUCAGCGGGGGCCAAUAAUCAAAGCUGAGGGCCUCCUAACCAAUCCGCUCCUGAUGCAGCUGGAGCUCAAGGAGCUUUAUCCGAGUCGGUGGCAGGCAACCGUGCUCUGGCAAACCUUUCUCAGUCGAGUUGAUCCUUUGGUCAAGGUUAUCCAUGUCCCUUCGGUUCAGUCGCAGAUCUUUGCCGCUAUCAAUCGACCUGAGAGUGUGCGUGCCGAUGUACGUUCACUGCUUUUCGCUAUUUACUUUGCCGCUACCACAACUUUGUUGUCGGAUGAUAUCCACAAUGAGGCCACGAUUGCGGACUUGCGGAAAUUCAAGCAGGGUUUUGAGAUCUCGUUGUAUCAUGCGGAAUUUCUGGAUGCGCCAACCAUCACUUCUUUGCAGGCCAUGAUCAUAUACCAGACAUGUUAUCGGUAUAGUAACAGCGGCCGCUCAGGCUGGACGAUGCACGGUCUAACUAUUCGGGCGGCGCAAUCGAUUGGACUUCAGCGUGAUGGGAAACACUUCAAACUACCUGAACUGGAAUGCGAGCUUCGCCGGCGCCUGUGGUGGCACAUUCACGCGGCAGAUUCGAGAGUCACCGAGGACCAUGGACUAAGUGUCCCCGAAAACAAUAUCGGGGAUACCGAUUUCCCAUUGAACAUUGACGAUCAGAGUCUCUCGGAAUCUGCAGCCACACACGUAUCAUAG